GCGGCGGACCCCGUCGCUUCCGGUCAGGCGGGCGCGCACUUCCGGCGGGGCGGGCGGCGCGGCCGGGCGGGCGGAGAUGCGGAUCGAGAAGUGCUAUUUCUGCUCGGGGCCCAUCUACCCCGGCCACGGCGUCAUGUUCGUGCGCAACGACUGCAAGAUAUUUAGAUUCUGCAAAUCAAAAUGCCACAAAAACUUUAAAAAGAAGCGAAAUCCUAGAAAGAUCAGAUGGACCAAAGCCUUCCGGAAAGCAGCUGGCAAAGAAUUGACAGUGGAUAAUUCAUUUGAGUUUGAAAAACGUAGAAAUGAACCAGUGAAGUAUCAGAGAGAGUUGUGGAGCAAGACUGUUGAUGCAAUGAAGAGAGUGGAAGAAAUCAAGCAAAAACGCCAAGCCAGAUUUAUUAUGAACAGAUUAAAGAAGAGCAAAGAGUUGCAGAAGGCAGAAGACAUCAAAGAAGUCAAACAGAAUAUCCACCUUCUUCGUGCUCCACAUGCAGGUAAACCAAAACAGCUGGAGGACAAAAUGGUGCAGAAGCUACAAGAGGAUGUGGCUAUGGAGGAAGAUUCCUAAAAUGCUUGUGCAUUUUCUAUUUGGGUGUCUUCAGCAGUUAGCAGUUGCCACUGCCUCACAAGGCAUCAUUCAGAACUGUGCUUGUAAUUGAAGAAAAAAUACUUUUUAUUGAAUAGUGCUCACCUACAGGUUAACUGAUUUUUGUUCUUGUAAAAAUUAAGUAAUACUUGUAAAAUGGUUCUUUGUGGAUAAUGGUUUGGGCUGUACUUACAGUUGUCUAAUACAACAAAACCUUGUCAGCAGGAUGAAAAAUAAAGCAUAUAGUUUGCGGUA